UAACAAUUCGAAAAAAGAAACUGGAUCGCCGACCCGCUAAUAUCGUCCCCUUCUUUCUUUCUUUCGCUAACAUUUCAUUCUGAAUUCCCUUUUUGGAUUUAAUUUAUUGGUUGAUUGCGAUGGAUUCGAGUUCGGGGCAGCAAGAGUUCGAUUAUUUGUUCAAGUUGUUGAUGAUUGGGGACUCUGGGGUUGGCAAGAGUAGUCUACUUCUCAGUUUCACCUCUGAUGAUUUUGCAGAUCUCUCCCCCACUAUUGGUGUUGAUUUUAAGGUCAAAUAUGUGAUGAUGGAGGGUAAAAAGCUGAAGCUUGCCAUUUGGGAUACCGCUGGUCAGGAGAGAUUCAGAACACUUACAAGUUCUUACUACCGAGGGGCACAAGGAAUCAUCAUGGUUUAUGAUGUAACCCGGCGAGAAACAUUUACAAAUCUUUCUGAAGUAUGGGCAAAGGAAAUUGACCUUUAUUCAACAAGUCAAGACUGCAUCAAGAUGCUUGUUGGUAACAAAGUAGAUAAGGAGGGUGAUAGAGUUGUGACAAAGAAAGAGGGAAUAGACUUUGCCAGGGAAUAUGGUUGCCUAUUUAUUGAAUGCAGUGCUAAAACUCGAGUUAACGUACAACAAUGCUUUGAGGAGCUGGUCUUGAAGAUUCUGGAUAUACCUAGCCUCUUAGCCGAGGGCUGUAAGGGGGUAAAAAAGAACAUUUUUAAGGACAAGCCACCCCAGUCUGAUGCAUCCACAAGUGGUUGUUGCUGAUUUUAAGAAGCUAUUUCGCUCAAAACCUGCAUUUGAAGAACUAUGAUCUCCAAGAGAAGGACGUUGCAUCCACUUUCAGAAUCAGAUAUCUAACAUAAUUUGCUGGUUAUUUAACAUCAGCGGAAGCCAUUUUUUAUUUUUCAAGUUCCUGUUUUGUCUUGAAUAUUAGAUUAGAUGUAAUAUAAUAAUGAUGGUUGUCAGCA